AUGGGCAUUUGUAAUGUUCAUUUUCUUUCGCCUUCUCUUUGGCUCUUCUUCUUCGUGAUGAUUACUGUAAUUAUAAAUUCGAGCUACGCAGAUGAAAAUGCUCAAUCACCAUCUCCACCAGAUUUACCACCAUAUUACAGAUCUAGAGGUUCGCCUUUUAGGCCGAGCAUAGCAAUAGUAGUAGCAAUACUCACAACGAUUUUCUCAAUUGUAUUUAUGUUAUUGUUAUACGCAAAACACUGUAAGAGGGAAGGUACAUUUGGUACCACCUCCGGAGGAUUGACGAAUAACCUGCAUUCGUCAAGCUUCCGGAAAAACUCUGGUAUUGAUCGGACGGUGAUUGAGUCUUUGCCUGUAUUUCGAUUUGGAUCUCUUAGAGGUCAAAAAGCGGAAGGACUGGAAUGUGCGGUUUGUUUGAAUAAAUUUGAAUCGAGUGAAAUUCUUCGAUUGUUACCUAAAUGUAAACACGCAUUUCAUAUCGAGUGUGUUGAUACUUGGCUUGAUGCUCAUUCUACUUGUCCUCUUUGUCGAUAUCAAGUUGAUCCAGAAGAUAUUCUUCUAAUUUCACAUGAAAAUGAGAGAAAAUCAACUUCUUCUUCAAUAUGUUCAUCCUCUCCGGCGAAAGAAAAAGAAAAAGAAAAACAGAGGAUUCAUUAUUCAUCUUCUGGAAGACAUUCUUCCGCCGGAGAAAGAGGAACUUCAUCCUCGUCUUUGCAGAUAAUCGUUGAAAGUCCGAAACAGGAAACGCCGUCGUUUCUGAACAAGAGAAUGUCGCUAGACAGUUGGAAUUUCUACCGGAAAAAAAGCAAAUCCACUAAUUCGACUUCAUUAUCGAGAAAAGACGGAAUGCUAUUAAACAAAAAAAAGGCGCCGGAAGCGGAGGUGGAGGCGGUGGAGGAAAGGCGGUUGGAACAUCGAAUAAUUAUAUCCGGCGAUGAACCGGAGCUGGGCACGGGAAGUGGGUCCCGGCACCGGUGGAGUGACGUGGAGGGUUGUGAUAGGUUGUAUUUGAGGUCAGAGAUGAUAUUAAGCGAGAGCCGUAGAUAUUCAGGGUCGAGAAAACGGACGGCGGAGAUGGGGAGUGGCAGAAGGGUAAUAAAUGAGAGAAGUGUGUCGGAAUUGACAGGGAUGAGUAGGUUUAGGAGUAAUAAUGAAGAAGAAAGAGAAAGGAAAGGAGCAGUAAAAAGGUGGUUGGAUUGGAUUUCUCAAUCACAAAAUAAAUCUGUUUCUCUGUCUGAUUCUGGUGCUGGUGCUGGUGCAGCAGCUUCUUCUUCUGCAACUUGA